UCCUCAUCAAUCCACCUUACCUUUUCCGGAGCGCACAUCCGCCGUCGUCGCAGCCGCUCGCACAUCAUGGGUGUCUUCUCCGAUAUCAAAAAGGCCGUCAGCGUCAAGAUCUUCCAGUACGAGCUCACCCUGGGGCUGUACAUGCUCGAGCCCAUCGAGAAGGCCAUCUUCAAUGCGAUCUUGGUCCUGUUCCUGGCCCUGAUGGUCUACGCCGUCCACCACUACCUCCCCGACCAGGCCAGCUACGUCAUGUCCAAGACCCGCUACUACCUCUCUGCUGAGUCGGAUUAGAUUUGCUUUGGACUGGGAUGGCGAUAUGCGCUUUCAGCAACUCCGCCUCCCGCACCCGGCCGCAUCAAGAGCCUGUCGCUCGACUCGCUGGAUGCCAAGCCAAUUGUAAGGAGGCGAUAGUCACUCGAUCCGUCCCGCAACCGAGAGCAGAUUCACAUCCGGGGGAGGAGGAGGAGCAGGCAUGCAUUAGAGAAGCAGGGACAGCACAGCCAGAGUGAGGGGGAAGAUCGAAAUGCCCUUCUCUGGCUGGGGACUGUCACGGACUUGCGAUGGCCGGUCACAGAUGAAGCGGCCGCAGACCAUCUUCCCAACACUCGAUGACAUCCGCUGAAUCAGGCGGGGUUAUUCCUUUCUUGUUUGCACUUUUGGCUGUCCAUCUCCCAUGAAUAGAUUCACCAUUACCAUGCGCAAUACGGAGGGCUUGCAGAUCCGCUCGAGCAAAAAUAAACCAAUGCAGGGGAUUGAUAUCGA